CGAUAAAGUUGCGCACGCAGUUAUUACUGUUUCCUAGAGCGAAACGAAUAAAGAAAAUUUUCUCGAAGAGAAAUUCAAGUGAAGUGCAUUUUUUUCCAUUAGGAGCUAAACGUGUCAAGUUUAAAAAUAAGAAAGACAUUUAAUGUCCUUUUUUCUUAAAAGGACUUUUUAAAAGGACUGUCAUUGCAAAGGGCCAGAGUUGCAUACGAAUGCGCAAGCGCGGUAAACUUUACACGCACACGUCGCAAAAAUACAACGACCGCCAUAGUCAUACUUGGUGGAAUAUUAAAAUAGGCUUUCGUUUUCGUUGAGGAGAAAAAAAAAGGAUUCAAAGUACAAGUAAAGAAUGAUGUCAAGCCGUGUAGAUGUUCCUAUUCCUCGAGAACAGUCUCGUAGACAUUGUCAACGUUGAGUUUCAAUAUCGUAACAUUACAGUGGCGUAGACUCAUUGACGAAACAACUGACACGACACAUAACGUGCCGCCGGUGGAUGUGUACCGUUAGCUUGAAAAUUCAUUCCCCGUUGGUCAAGCCUACGCUCUCUCUCUGUUACCGCGUUCAAGAGCACUCCGAUCAGAACAUCGAAAGCAGCGUGUCGAGUCUACGGAGUGUUUUUAGUUUUUGUGAAAAACUAAUCAAAGUGACUUUUUUUUUAUGCUUCACAAAAAAUCGAAUGACGUGUGCAAUUGGGAAUUGAGUCAGGACGGGCCCCUCAUUGAAAUGAGAAAGUUGCCGUCACUUUACUGAAUAUUGGGAACGCGCCACACGCUAAUUCUCGACGAGAACAGCGCACCAGUUGCGGUACACAAACCACAGAGUUCACAGUCAUUGUGUGGUUUGCUAACUGUCAAAGAUGAAUUUCACUCCAUUUCCUGGUUUUACCGCCGGUUCACUACCGGCCGGUACUGUGCAUCAAUUGGCCACCACAAAGUUUGCACAAAAUUUAACAACCGAUGGCCAACAGCAACUUGUUGGAGUCUUGACUGGCGGAGAAGGUGGAGUUCAAUAUCUACGACCACUCAAUACAAAUGGUUUUGCUACAAUAUCGGGGGGCAAUAAUCAACAGCAGAUAAUAACACUUCCAAUCACCGUGCCUGGAAAAGACGGAACUCAACAGCAGCAAACGGUUCAGAUACAGGUGGUCAAUCCAAAUGUAACGCAAAGUGGAAAUGGCGGGGAUCAACCGAAAUAUCAUUUAGCACCAAUCUCUCUUGGCCAAUUUCCCCAGGGUGGUGCUACGGUUUUAACUGUCGCUUACAGUCAACAGGGUUCCGAUGGAGUGCAAAUACAAGUCCAACCACAAAACACGAUUGCAACGACACACACAUCGGACCAAACGACGCAGAGUACGUCGACAGCGGUGACGACUAGUUCGCAACAAACAAUUCAACAGACGGUUCAGCUUCCUGGUGCCCCCGAGGGCUUAACUGUCGUCGCACAAAUCCCUCAGGAUCUUAUUCUCCGCGAAGGAUUGGAGGAUUCAAAAGAGGAUAUUAAGGAAGGCAUAGCGACUACGCCAGUAGCGUUAAUUAAACGCGGUAGCGGAAAAAUACAAGCGAGUCAAACUAGUGGCGAGGAAUUUAUAACCUCGAUGCCCGCCAGUUGGCAGAGUCUCGCCACGCCCGGAUCCACCGUUGCCGAUUAUCUAUCCCGACUGCCAGCCAGCACUCUACCUCUUAGUCUUCAUCACUUUUUGAAAUUCUCCGCCGAAACCAUCAAGCGAGAGGCAACAAUCGAGUCGAGUCCCCUGGGUGCUGACGGACUAGACGCCUCCGGCAGUGCCGCAUCCGGAGAGCAAGCCGUACAAAUAACAGUCGCCGGUGGCGAAACCGAAAUCAUACCCGACGUUGUCGACGACCCCGAGUCCGGAGCCAAACCCAAACGCAAGAAGAAAUACAAGAAGAAACCACCAAAGCCGAAGAAGCCCAAGCCAGGCCAAGUCAGCAUUGUCACCGCCCUCGACGGCACAACCCUCUUCUGCUGUCCCCAAUGCAACAUGGCAUAUCCCGAAAAAGAACUCCUCGAGCAACAUCUCAUCGGUCACAAAAUCGAAAGGCGAUUCAUCUGCGAUAUCUGCGGCGCUGGCCUCAAGCGCAAAGAACACUUAGAGAGGCAUAAGCUUGGACACAAUCCCGAUCGACCUUUCAUCUGUUCCGUUUGCAUGAAGGGCUUCAAACGAAAAGAACAUUUAAAUCUCCACUUCGUCAUUCACUCGGGCCAAAAGACCGAGGUCUGUACCGAAUGCGGAAAAGCCUUCUACAGAAAGGAUCACCUUCGAAAACACGCGCGAUCCCAUUUGGCAAAGAGAGCAAAAGAAGAUCCCCUCGGUCCAAACGACAUCACCCAAAAUCAACAAAGCGAUCAAUCACAGCAAUCACAACCCGAGAUCCAAGCGACAGAAUUGCCUCAAAUUCAAAUACAACUAGGUCAAGGACCUUCGGCGCAAAUUCAUCAAAUUUCCGUCAGUCAACAAUCCACGGUUGUUCUACCAACGGCUGCCGAAACUGGAGCCAUCACAAUGCUUCAUCAUCAACCACAGCAACAACAACAACAUUAGCAGCAGCCCACCGCCCAAAGUCAAACCGGGCGGUACUUCCGAUUUAAUCAUCAACAAGCCAAGGGCAGGGCAAAGUAAAAUUGGCAACAAUUAAAAAGGGCAUUCAACAUUCUUCGAAAGGUCACUAUUUCCAAAAAAGAUCACCUAUUUUUAUUCCGUAAGUAUAAAAAAAACUUACAGUUCAAGAAUUUAACUUUGUACUGCAAGUUUUUUUUUUAUCAAAAACAGAAAAUUCAUAAGCCCCAAUUGCACUAGUUUUAAAGUUUCUCACUAUUUUCUAAUUUAUAAAAUAUUCAUUAUUCGCAUUUAGAGUUUGAUGAAAUUAAUACCGUUUCAAUAUUCAAUUUGUACUAAAUCAUUUGUUUUUGCAACUUUCGAAUUAGAUCAAAUUCACUUUUGAAACGUUUCGUCCAACAUAAUUUAAAAAAAACCGAUUCCAACUCUCAAGACGAAUUAGAAUUUUUAUGGAAAAAAAGUAUAUUAUAAAGGAAGAAAAGUAUAAAUAUAUAUAUAUAAAUAAAUAAAUAUAAAUAUAUUAGAUAAGAAUAUAUUUUUGAGAGCGCGAACUGGAUUCGCUAGGAGAUGAAAUGAAUGCUGUUUAGGUUCUUUGGCCAAGAGAAAAACGCUCUGCAAAAAGAAGGACUCGUUACGAAAAAACGAAAAAAAAAAAAAUUGUAACAGAGAAAACGAUUGAUGUCCUCAAAUUAAAAACUACUGUAAAUAUCCAUCGAGCGGUUUUUUUCAUCUUACCGAUUUCGAAACAAGACUGCGAAGUGCAAAUAUGGAAUUUUUUUAAAUUAUAUUUUUAAUUUAUUUCUGCCUUACUUAAAGAAUGGCUCGGAAUUAAUUAGAGCUGUCAUGGUGGGAGAAUUUUUUUUAUUUUUUUUUUUUUGAUAGGUUAUUAAGUAUUAUUUAGUAUACGACACUUUUCCUUCUCUAUUUAACAAUCCACUAUAGUUGUUCCAAAAGUCAUUCUAUUUAUGAUUGACAGAAAAAUUCAUUGACUUUUGGAAAAAAAAUUGUACAUUCAUAUUUUUCUCUUUUUGUAAUGAUUUAUAAUAUUUUUUUUUCCUUUUUUUUAUUAUUGAAAAUGUUGGAGAAAAUUAAUAUAUUGAAAAUGUAAUAUAAAAAGUGGAUGGGUUAAACACGUUAGGAAUGAUUUUGUUUUAAAGGAGAAAAUAUAAAUUAGUUCCGUAAGUGGUUUUUUUUUAAAGUUGAAGCAAAAUUAACUUAUGUUGUUAUGAUUGAAUCCUUUUUAUAGGACGAAAGUUUCUUUGUAAAAGGAUUCAUGAAUUAUGUAAAAAAACCAGGAUUUUUAGGGGAAGGGAUAAUUAAAAAAAAAACAUUACGGAAAUUUAUGUUUUGUUUACUUAACAUUCAGUAUGAUUUUUGGAAUCCAAUAAAAAAGGAUUUUUUUGUCAUUUACAAAAACUGAAUAUUAACUCUUAAUUCACUUGUUUUGUAAUCUUAUGAAAACAAUUUUAUUAGCUAAUUGCGAACCGCGUGGAAAAUGUUAUGGGUGGAUGAUAAAUCACAAGCCGAAAGUAGAUUCAUAUUUUGCACCUGAUUACCUAUGAUUUAUUAUUUACAUUUCAAAACUUUAAAUUCUGUUAAAUUGUCAACAAUUUCGCCGUCAAAUCAUUGUCACUGUGCAUGCAUUUAAUUUCCAUGCAGUGCACAAGAAGAAACAAACCAAAUUUCAUUCUUACAUUUCGAUUCAAAAAAAGAAGAGUAUGAACUUUGGUAUAAAUCUCAUUAAAACGAAGAGUAUGAAAUUUCGUAUAAAUCUUCAAAAGAAAGAAAGAAAAGCAUUUUAACCUAUAGUCGAUGUUUCAUAGUAGAAAUUUCUUUCAUACUACUGUAUUCACUAAUUGAUGACAUUGAGAGAAAAAAAAGAAUGACCUGGUAAUCUUACGAAUAUGAGUGUUACUAUUUGACGUCUGACGAAAAUCAAUAUUUGUAAAUGCGGCGUGAAAAAGAUUGAAAAUUGUAAAAAAAAAGGAUAAUCGUUCUGGGACGUAAGCCUUUUCGAAGCAUUCUCGAAAAUGCAGAUAUAUAAAUAUAUAUAUAUUAAAAAAAGUAUAAAUAAAAACAAUUUUUAUUGUAAGUAUCACAAUAAAGGCAGUGGGUAUAGAUCUACGAAAAAUAUAUAACUAUUAUUUUAUUAAUAAUGUAGCUAUCAUCGUUAGUUAGUAAGCCUUUUCAUUGUUACUUACUGAUAUUGGACAAAUGAUACAAUAAAACGUACCUUUAAUACAA